AUGGGCAACGCGUCCUCCUCGACCGAGCGCGCUGCUGCUCCGCGCGAGGCCCAUCGCCUCACCAAGCCCCGCACCUAUAACCACUCGCCCUCGCCGCAGCUCGGUCCUCAGGCUGGCUCCCCCCAGCACCCAGCCCUCUCCAGCUUCGACGCCGACGACAUCGUGUGGACCUCCGCCGGCUCCCUCCGCAGCAAGCAGCAGGCUCGCCAGCAGAUCCGCCUGCAGCUCUUCGGUCCCCGCGACGACGCCGCCCUCGAUUUCCCAGCUGCCCACGACCAUGACCACGCGGUCCUAGCCGACCUCGCCAGCGACAUCGACCGCCUGACUGUCCUCUCCCGAUCCGUCUCCAAUCCCCCCGACCCAGCCUCCCAGCCCGCCGCCGCCGCCAUGUUGGAGCACGCCGAGCGCACUGUCGACGUCGAGGCCGCCAUUGCCAUUCUGCAGGAGCUGAAGAAGAAUGCAACCCCCGACCAGCUCGUGGCCCUGCACAAGGCCCUGCUCCCCACCAGGGAUGAGCCGCAUGCCGUGGACACGACCAGCCAGCCGCCUCCCAAACUAGUCCGUCGGAGGUCAACGGCCGUGCCCGGGCUUGCUACCCGCAGCCCCGCCGAUGUUCCGCCCAGAAGGGACCCGAAGCCCACUGCACGCCAGGAGAAGACCCCUCUCUGGAGCCUGGACCAACUCGGCCCCUCUCCUCCGGACCUCCCGCACGAUGAUCGGUCGGACCGUCGCGCCCAGACUCCCGGAGACAUGGACUAUGCCACCUUGACCAACACGAUAGGAACCCUCAUGAUCACCAAUGGUGCGCCGUCCCCCGCUCCGAGCAUCAUUUCACGCCAUCUUGACCGCAGGACCUCUCUACCAGAGCUUCACCCCCAGGAAGAGUAUUUUGGUCUCGAGUGCGGCCGUCCGGGCAACUCAGGAGAGCUCGCUCACAUGCGCGGUCCCCUCCGUCGGUCCGACACAAUUGGCCCAUCUUCUGGGUAUGCCGAGCUCGACGCCCAGUCCACAGAGAUCCCGAGAAGAACGAGACGGUCGCGGGUGCCCAGCGAAUUGAUGCUCCAGCGGCCAUCGACCCCAGAAGCCGGCGACGAGCACGUCGAUCCUCACCCUGCAAGGAGAUUGCCAAAGCACUCCGCGGAUGACUACAUUGCGGAACUGCAAGCUUCACCGUAUGGGCAAACCCCUUUCAGCCGUGCCACUCCGUCGCCAAGGCCCCCUCAGAGUGCGAACGAAGACUUCCACGACCGGAACGACACUGAGAAAUUUAGGACAGAGGCUUUGCGGAUCCUUGAUGGAAGUAUGGCUGCCGAGCCGACCUUGAGCGAAGAGAGGACUUCGAAUGAGCAGUCGUCCGCAGCGGCUGCAGGUCAUGGCUUCGACCAAAGUCUUCCGCAAAUCAAGCUGCAGCGCCCUGCUCAGGCUCUCCACUCCGAUUCAGGAUAUUCAUCAGGCACCAGCCUCAAAGCGAUGCAGCUUUCCCAGUCGCAAGCUGGCGACUCCAUGGCUCACUCCGUCUGUAGUGACGAAGCUAUAGGAACAGUGCCGUCUACGCCUGAGGGACGGCAAAACGGCCAAGUCUUGGAUGAAUCCACCGAGGCCGCAGACGGGCGAAGUCUCUACACGAUCAAUGUAAUGUUGGCCUCGUCCCCUCAAAGGAAAACGGAAGAGAGCAUCGAGCAGAAGGCUGGAACUGAGCCGAAGCCCGAAUCAAAAGCAGAUAUGGAGACGGAAACGAAAAGUGGUUGGAGGAAGUCCCUUAAGCGCUCCAAGUCAUGGAAGCGGAUGUCUUUGAAAGACCUGACUUCUCCAUCUCCAUCGCCAACGCCCGAGGUUCCCAGCGACAUCGUUGCGAAAGAGCAGAGUCCGGAGCCGCAGACGCCCCAGCGCCAUGAUUCGGCGAUGGAACAACAUUCCGAGAAGUCGGCAUCGAACGCAGCGCGGAAAAAACUGCAGAAGCGGAAGUCGACCGGCACACACCCGACUGUGCAGAGCAUCAAGCCUAUCGAAUCGGGCAGUAUCCCAAGUGUCCCCGACGACCUUGCUGCCGGUUACUCGAAGCGUAUAGAGGACUCUCCAGGAAUGGACCACUUGGAGCACACUUGUAUCUCGCAAACCAGCUUGGUCGAGCAAUCCGCCGUCUCCAUUCGCUUCCCAUCACCGGUACCUACCGAGGAGGCGAGUGACACCCUCUCCUCGUUGCCGAAACAGAACAGCAAGGACAAGCGUUCAUCCAAACGUGUGCGCUCACCAUCGCCCCUGAAGCAAGUCUUCAGCUUUCGUCGCAAAUCUAAGAACAUUUCUGCUUCCUGUGAAGACGCGGGCUUGGAGGCGACGCAACCCAGCCCUGACUCAUUUGCGAAAGCCGCUUCGCAGGAGCCAGAUGAUUCCCGUACUACAGCUACUGUAUCGGACUUUGGCUCCGUUACACACUCGCUUGGCGGCUCGCCCUACGAUAUUGCGCUGUCGUCACUACCAGUCAAGCCGCAGGUAUCCGGGUCUUCAGCUGUGCAACCGCAUCACCUCAGCACUGCUCUGGUCAAACCCUCAAAGAGUGGUCAGAACAUGGACGAUGCAACGGCAUCUGAAUAUGCGCGCAUCCGUAGCAAGUACCGGGCUGAGCAGAAACAGAAAGGCCAACAGAAGAAGCGGAGCGAAGAGGAGGCGAACGAACAGGAAGGUGUCGCCCCUCAGAGCACUAAGCCUCGUACUCGUCCUGCGAGUUACCACGACAAACAGCAUCAGCAGCAGAAGAAGAAGCAACAGGAAACCCAGUUGUCCUCCCUUGUCUCCAUUCCGAACUUUUCUCGUCCGCAAAGCAUGAUCCCCAAAACUUCGUCAUCCAGCUACAACAUGGACACAAGCAGCACGACCGAGCUCGACAAUAAGCCGCUCCCGGCCGAACCGGAAAACCACACCAAUAGAUCUGCAUAUAGACCUUAUCGCCGUGGUCUGCUGACCAAGUCUUUUUCUCAAUCUCAGUCACGCCUGACGAGGGCGUCUACCUUUGACAUUCGUGAGGAGAAGAUCCCGGUUGAAGGGGAGGAAGGUCUUAAUGAGCUUUUCAAGGCGCCACUGGAGCGCAGGCAUACAGACAAGCUAGGCUCAACCGUUGGAAAUUCAGAGCCAUUCUCCGCAGAGGAAAAGAUGGUGGUGGUUUUGGAAGAUGAUCUCACAGGUGCCGAUGCACACAAGGCGGACGAGACAAAUGAAAGACGCCACCGCGAGCUACCAUGUUCGCUACGCAUCCAGACACAUGGCUGGGAGCAAACAUCUAACUUCUGGCGAGAGCGGCGCGAGGCACAGACCCAGAGUCAUGGCCAGGCCCAGCCGAUGCACGGCCGCAGCAUGAGCGUUCAACACCGGGGCAUGCCACGAGUCCAAGACCAUGCCGGCACACAGUACCUCCAACGGCCGGCUGGCAAUCAUCUCCACGCACGGAGCCAAAGCCAGCAAGCUAUGCACUCGUACUCGCAAUCUUCAUCUGCCAAUUCGUCGGCCCGUGCGUCCCCCAGUAUUUCACCGGCAUGGUCUCCAGUUCCCCAUGAGAUCCCUAGCCCAGUCAAACAACUUCCUUGUCCGCUCGCCGCUGUCCCCACUUCUGCACGCACCAGGAAACGCUCCAGCAUCCAACGCUACUACAGCACGAUGAAUAAGAAAGAGACGGAUCAGACGACUGCAAAGACGAGUGUAGAGAGUGUUGCAGAGGAGGCCGAAGCGAAAGAAGAGAGGCCGGCCGUGCCGCCGAAGUCGUCGAUCCCGAGGAGUGCGAGGGCUAGUCAACGUGCAGGAGAACAACCCCAUUUCUCAUGA